UCCUCACAUUUGCAUACAGUGUUUCCCCACUGCAUAGCUGAAAGACAACAUGACCCCACACUGUCCCCGCUGUGCUCGUUAGUGAGCAUCCAGCUCCGGACCGAGGAGUUACUUUCUGUAGCGGGAUUUUGACGGACACCCACUUUCUUUACGGUGUUUUACGGUCCCCCUCCUCUCCGUCCAGCCGGCUGCAGCUGUCUCUCCACGGCUACGGGAGAGGUCCAGCCGAGCCGAGCUCCGCUGAGCCAUGCGACAGUGGUGCGUCCCCGCUGCGACCCCACGCACUGAACCACUCCCGGGGUGCCUGUCCGUGUCGCCCCCUCCAUCAUCAGGUAAGGAUGCCAGAAUGGAGUGCUACGAGGUGGAGCCGCGCUACACCAUCGAACAGAUCGACCUCCUGCAGCGCCUGCGCCUAUCAGGUAUGACCAAACCUCAGAUCAUCCACGCCCUGGAGUCCCUGGAGAGGCUCGACCCAGACCACCGCCCGUCACACUGCGACUCUCACCCGGCCCCAUCCAACAACACGCCCGCCGCAGCCGCCCCGGCCCCGUCCUCGUCCUCCUCAUCUUCCUCCUCCUCGCUGUCCCUGGCCUCUGCCACCACGCAGACCUCCGGCCUGGACGGCGCCGCGCUGUCCCCCAGCAACAGCUACGAGGCGUCGCCCCCUCCCCUCUACCCUCCCAGCGUGGCCGUUCAGCGGUCGUUCAGCUACGACAUGAUGGGAGAAGAGGAGUGGGACCUGGAGGAGAAGGUGGAGGAGUACAUGAGGAGAGACAGCAACCUGGUGAAAGAAGAGAUCAAAACGUUCCUCAACAACCGCAGGAUCUCUCAGGCUAUCGUAGGACAAGUCACAGGCAUCAGCCAGAGUUACAUAUCCCAGUGGUUGCUGCAACAAGGCCUGGAGAUGAGCGACUCUAAGCGCAGAGCUUUCUACCGCUGGUACCUGCUGGAGAGGAAUAACCCAGGGCUGAGGUGGAGUGAAAGCCAGCACAGCGUGAGCCCCAUGCCCAGGGCCAGGGGAGGGGACAGAGACGGCACGCUAGCAGGGGCAAGCGGCAGCCUCCCCAACCCCAACACCAACCUCAACCCCAACCCAGUGUGGAGCAGGCAGAGAGAGCUGCUGAUGCACUUGCUGCCGUGGUACACUGCUGCCGCCUCAGCCGCCCAGGCCCAGCCAGGUGCCACCUUAUCGAUGCGUUCUUUGGUGAAGGAGGAACCAGAUUGGAGGACGGGGAUCAUGGCUGGCGACAGGGCCGGGAUGGUUGGCGGGCCUCUUAGGCUGCGUAGAGGAAGCAGGUUCACCUGGAGGAAGGAGUGCCAAUCAAUCAUGGAGAGUUUCUUCAUGGAGAACCAAUACCCAGAUGAGGCAAAGCGGGAGGAGAUUGCCAACACCUGCAACUCAGUCAUCCAGAAACCAGGUUGUAAGCUGUCUGAGUUUGAGCGUGUGACAGCGUUGAAGGUGUACAACUGGUUUGCCAACCGUCGGAAGGAGAUGAAGAGAAGAGCAAAUAUAGAAGCUGCCAUUUUGGAAAGCCAUGGUAUUGAGGUGCCAAGUCCAAGCUGCCACUCAAAUGGUGAGGAGGGAGAGAUGCAAGAGUUUGCCGAUCAGGUGAAUCAUCGAUUCUCAGAGCAAGAAGAGUCAUCUACUCAGAGGAUUGUAGACCAACAAGACCCCUCCGCACUGGCUGCUUCCGAGGUCGCAGCCCUGCCGAGCCCCACCCCGCAGGUCCUAGAACAGAAAGAGGAGGAUCCAAAAACGGAGACUGUGGAUGAAGAGUGACCAAAGCCAGUGGAGUUUGGAUCGUCAUGUUUGAAUCAGAUGAAAUAGGAAAAACAAUAAGUGUCUUUCACACCCAUAUAGGGCCUAAGACACCCAUAAAUCAAAGGGAGAAAGGGUGCUGAAGCUCACUGAGGUGCCUCUGAUGGUAAGGAGGCAACUGUAUUUAUCGGAAGUUAUCCUGCUUAUAUUAACGGCAAUAUACAGUAUAUAUAUGAAUAUAUAUAAAUAUAUAGUGCAUUCCAAGAUGGUAUUAAAAAGCCUAAAUUCCUUAGAGGGAGAAUUAUGUAAAGGAUACCUCGCUCAUUUUAAGCUAAGCCUUCUUUUCUUCGCUACAUGCCUUCUUUUAGCUUUUUCAGAGUGGUCGUUUGACGGACCUUGGUGACAUGAAUGUGCUGAGCCUGCAGGUCAGGUGUGUUUUGGGUGAUAAGAGUUUGGUGUGGGGAUAUAGUGCGGUAUCAAGGAUCUAGUUUGUGGUGACGCGAGUGCCCUCUGCUUGCUUGAAUGUCUUUGACCCCAUCCGGUUCGUAAGACUCUAACCUCAAUCAGUCGAUUGAUCAAAUCAGUCGAUCAAUCAACGAGUGCUGUUGCUAUUAAAUCCGUGAAGCCCUGAGGGACAACUGGAAUCUCAGGUAAUCCCAAAAAUGGUGGAUAAAGACGGUGAAGAAUUUCUAUAUAUUUUUUUUUGUUGCUUUAUCUUCAAAUGACUUUCUUCAUCUUAACUGUGUUUAACCAAAACAGGACGUGUUAUUUAUACCUUUUUAUAUUAGCAGAACAAGCCUAGGACAAUAUAUCAUAGUUAUCUUUGUCAUUCGUCUUCUUUGUUAAACUGAAUGCUGCUGUUUGGUCAUUUUUGUAGUCCACACUCAUUUCAAAGUCUGUCUCAAACCUGAACUCAGCCUGUGAAGCUAGACUAGCGAAUAAGUCUACUCAGAGUUUUUUUUUCUUCUUUUAUUAACGUUUGAAAGAACGCUAAAACAAAAUGUGACGGAAAAAUCAUACUGCGUCGGCCUACACGCUACAAGCACCUUCUCUCGUAUUGAAAUAAGCUAAAGCUUUAGCUCAUGUAAGUUUGUACGACUGCAAAGCUGCACUUCAAAGUGGAUCUCACUCUAAUUGAAAGAGGGGAGCGUACCUGCGUUCGGGCCUAGACAUGUACAUAACCCAGAAAAUAUACACAUCUAUGGGUGCUUUUCUUCAAAUUAAACUAGCAGUAUAUAAAAACUGUUAUUUGUCAAACUUGAACUAUGAAUAGCUGACUUAAACUCUAUUACUUAGUUCCCUAUAUUCACAGGCCCAAGGCCUUGGGAGUUACUCCCUAAAUGUUCAUGAAAUGAACAAAGACGCUUGUUCUCAAAUGGCCCGCAACAGGGCGCUACCAUGUUACCUCCUAAUGCCAAAGCUAUGCCAAGGUAGAGAUGAGCUACAGAUUAAACUGUGCUUAUGGGACAGGACAUGACUCAGUCACAACACUAUAGAUAUACAGUAUGUAUAGAUGUUUAUUUGCUCAGUACAACACUAGCCAACUCUAGCUUACCUCAGAAUAACUCUGUGUCAUCAACGUGUCACAAGCUAACUGUCAUAAAAACUGACAGCAGCUGUGGUUGUGACUGUUAAUGAUGCGGACAGUGUUAUGUAGCAUUUAUGACAGUGGGGUUUGCCCUGUGUUGUUAAUGUAUACUCACCUCAGACAGUUCUCUCGUCCGGCUUUGGACAGGAACCCCAAAGCUGCACGCGGUUCUGAUUAUUAUGCUCCUCCCUAUCUGCUUUUAUCUGACAACGAGAAAAGAAUAACAAUAAAAUUGUUAACAAUG